AUGGGAUUCCAGGACAAGCGAGUUGUUGUUGUUGGCGGUGGCCUAGGUGGCCUGGCCUUCAUGAACGCAGCCCUCUAUGCCGGUGUCAAGAACAUUCAGCUCUACGAGCAGGCUCAUCAAUUCGGCGAGGUUGGUGCCGGUGUUGACAUCACUGCCAAUGCAAACCGCAUCCUCGAUGCUUUCGGCCUCAAAGAGUCCCUGCUACGUCGAUCUUCGCCUCAGCUGCCUUACUACAUGCAAUACCACCAUUAUAAGUCUGGCGAUCGUCUCGGUCAUAUCGAAGAGUUCUCGCAGCCCCACGCACGCUUGAUCCACCGAGCUCAUCUCCUGGACUCGAUCAAAGAGCCUGUUCCUGAGGAAUUAUUGCAUUUGCAAAAGCGUCUCUCGUCUAUCCAUCGCAACACUAGCUCUGACGCCGCGCCAUACACUCUGUAUUUUGAAGACGGCACCACCACCAGUGCGGAUAUCAUUAUUGGAUGUGAUGGUAUCAAGUCCCGGGUCCGACGCGAAUUAGGUUUUGACGACUCACCGAACUACUCUGGCCAGGUGGUCUACCGUGGCUUCGUCGAGUACAAGGAUUUGCCCGAGGAUACUGCAAAGCUGCUUCGCAACGUGGUGAACUUCCGCGGGCCGAAGCGUCACAUUUUGUGUCUGCCAGUCGGCAACCCGGCCACUCAAACUGACCGUGUCGGUGUCAUUGGCUUUAUGUCUGAGCCGCUCGAUUCCUGGGACUCUGAAAACUGGAUGGCCCGGUCGGAAAUUGGCACUCUAUACGAUCAUGUCCGGGACUGGUGCCCACAGGUACAGGACAUCAUCAAGGGUCUCUCCAAGGGAUCUCCUGAUGGUCGUUUGAUGAAGCAGGCCCUUUAUGUUCGAGACCCACUGGACAAGUGGUUUGAGAUGCGAGACCAGAUGGAUGGUGGUAUUGUCCUUCUGGGCGAUGCGGUCCACUCGACUCUCCCUCACCAAGGUCAGGGUGUCUGUAUGGCUAUUGAAUCCGGGAUUGCGCUGGCCACUAUUCUUUCGCAUUGGAAAGGCGAUGACCUACAGGCUCUUUGA